AUGGCUGAUACUGAAUCUGCCGAGCGCAAGCCCCGGAAGUCCGUCGCAUUCUCUGAGGGCACCACAAUCGUCGACAGCGAUGGCCAGGUCACCGAGUCGAAAGAGACCAACGGUGGUAAGUCAUCCGCUGAGAGCCACUCCACCGGCUCGCCUGCACUUGCGGGCGAUGACAAAGACGUCGAGGAAGUCACUGAAAUGUUUGCCGACCUAGCCAAGAAGAAGAAGAAGAAGUCGACCAAGAAGAAGGAGGGCGAGGAGGGCGAGGACGCCGCUGAAGGCGAUUUCUCUGCGCUGAAGAAGAAGAAGAAGUCGAGCAAGAAGAAGGUCGAGGAUGACUUCGAGGCCAAGCUCGCUGCCGCUGGUGGCGAUGCUGCUGAGGAGGAGGCACCCGCUGCCGAAGAGGAGGAGGUCCAGGAGGGCGACAUGAUGAAGGGCACAGGCAUCUGGUCGCACGAGAGCACAACCCCCAUCAAGUACGACAUGCUGCUGAACCGAUUCUUCACCCUCCUCCACUCCCAGCACCCCGACCUUGCCGGAAACAGCGUCAAGAGCUACAAGAUUCCGCCGCCGCAGUGCCUCCGUGAAGGAAACAAGAAGACCAUCUUCGCCAACAUCGCCGAGAUUUGCAAGAGGAUGAAGCGUACCGACGAGCACGUUACUCAAUUCUUGUUCGCCGAAUUGGGUACCAGCGGUUCCGUCGACGGUUCUCGUCGUCUGGUCAUUAAGGGUCGUUUCCAGCAGAAGCAGAUCGAGAACGUUCUCAGGCGGUACAUUGUCGAAUAUGUCACCUGCAAGACCUGUCGCUCUCCAGACACAGAUCUUUCCAAGGGUGAGAACCGUCUCAGCUUCGUCACUUGCAACAGCUGCGGUUCCAGGCGUUCAGUACAGGCCAUCAAGACUGGUUUCUCUGCACAGAUCGGAAAGAGAAGGAGGAUGAUCAAGACCUAA